UUUAACAAAUAGUUAAUUAAUAGUAAAACACAAAAUAAAAAUAGGAGAACAUGGCUUCCCCUCGCUCUUCAAUACUUCAACUACUCAACAACCAGCCAGAUGAAUGCUCCAUCCUUUUCAGUGCUUUCCCUUACUGCUCUUGCCUUUCUAUUUUUCCCAGCUGCAUGGACAGCUUCUGCUCCCACGCACGAGAAAUUUCUUCAAUGCCUUUCCCUGCAUUUCAACGAUUCCACCUCCGUCUCCCAAGUAAUUUACACCCCAGCCAGUUCCUCCUUUUUACCUAUACUGCAGUCCUCCAUUUUCAACCUGCGGUUCUCGUCAGUCGCUACGCCAAAACCAGCAGUCAUCAUUACACCUUUGCAUGAAUCUCACAUUCAAGCAGCCGUCAUCUGCUCCAAGGAUCACGGCAUGGAGAUUAGGACUCGAAGUGGCGGUCACGACUUCGAAGGUCUUUCCUAUGUUGCGGAUGUUCCCUUUGUGGUUAUCGAUCUGGCAAAUCUUCGAUCUAUAAAUGUAGAUAUCGAGAACAAUACUGCAUGGGUUCAAGCGGGUGCAACUAUUGGGGAAGUUUACUACAGGAUUGCUCAGAAAAGUCGAACUCUAGGCUUUCCCGCUGGUACUUGCCCUACCGUAAGUGUUGGUGGACACUUCAGUGGAGGAGGGUAUGGAAUGCUGAUCCGUAAGUACGGAUUGGCUGCUGAUCACGUGAUUGAUGCUCGCAUUGUAGUCGCCACCGGUGAAGUUCUUGAUAGAAAAUCAAUGGGGGAGGACUUGUUUUGGGCCAUUAGAGGAGGAGGAGGAGCUAGCUUCGGAGUCAUUGUGGCAUGGAAGAUAGAGUUCACUCCUGUCCCAACAACUGUGACAAUUUUUUCUGUGACUAGAAACUCAAGUCAAAAUGCAACAAACUUGAUUCACCGGUGGCAAUAUGUUGCGCACAAGCUUCUUAAAGACCUAAACAUCAUUGCUCUAAUAACUAAUGUCAAUAGUACUAGCCAACCAGGCGCACCAACAAAACAUGCUUUGUUCCUUUCCUUGUUUCUAGGUAGGAGCAAUAACCUAGUUUCCCUAGUGCAGGACAAAUUCCCAGAAUUAGGUUUGACCAAAGAAGAUUGUACUGAAAUGAGUUGGAUUGAAGCCAUCCACUCUUUUGCAGGAUAUCCCAUAGGCAACCCUCUCGAGGAUUUGCUCAAUAGAACUGCUCUAGGGAAAGGGUCUUUCAAGGCAAAAUCAGAUUACGUCACGAAACCCAUUUCCAAACUUUCCUGGGAAAGGAUAUGGGACAAAUUACAUGAGGUGGAAGCUAAGACAGCAGUAAUGACCAUGAUUCCUUAUGGUGGAAGAAUGAGUGAAGUUUCAGAAACCGCACUCCCUUUCCCGCAUAGAGCUGGCAACAUGUAUAAAAUCUUUUAUACCGUGUCUUGGGAUCAAAGCGAGGAAAAUACAUCAUCCAAACAAUACAUAGAUUGGCUCAGAGGCUUUUACAAGCACAUGACUCUUCAUGUUUCAAAAUCUCCUAGAGGUGCAUAUCUAAACUACAGGGAUCUUGACUUGGGCACCAACAACAAAAAUGGAAACACAAGUUAUAAAAAAGCCAGCAUUUGGGGGAAAAAAUAUUUUAGCAACAACUUUGAUAGAUUGGUGCAUGUGAAGACCUUGGUGGAUCCUACUAAUUUCUUUCGAAAUGAACAGAGCAUUCCACCUAUUUCAAUUUAAAAUAAUUGCAAGGGCUUGCUAGCUGGUUGGUCAUCACAAAAUUGAAUAAGAAGCUCCAUAUAGGAGCCCUAGCAUGUAUGUGUGAAUUAUUUAUAUUAUUUAGCAGUAUUAUACAAUAAAUAAUUAAAUAAUAGUUUUUUGCUUAAGUGGCAAGUGUAUUGAGAUCUAAUAAGUUGAAUGUUGUCUAAUCUCUAUAAUACAUUUUAUUUAGUUUAUGAAA